AUGUUACGCUCAGUACCUCGUCGAAUUCCUCGACGACUCCCUUCGUUCACCUCGACGACGGGCAAUCCCUCUCGGCACGCCCUGCGCCGCUUCACAUGCGGUUAUCCGCGGAUGUCACCAUCACCCCUUCCGCCUGUUACACCCCCAGUAUCCACCCCAUUACCAGGCGAUUCAUUCCAGCUUCUCUCCAGCUCCAACAAGGCUGGUGCAGCAGAGGAUUCUUUAUACGAACAGCAGAUCAAGGAUGUAGAAGCAUGGUGGAAUUCACCCCGUUUUGAAGGCAUCAAACGGCCGUACUCGGCCGCCGAUGUCGUCAGCAAACGGGGUUCGCUGCAACAGAGCUACCCCAGUUCCCUGAUGGCGCGCAAGUUGUUUAACCUGCUCAAUGAGAGAGCUGCGGAGGGCAAACCCGUUCAUACUAUGGGCGCCGUGGACCCGGUGCAAAUGACACAACAGGCUCCAAACCAGGAAGUGCUGUACAUCUCUGGCUGGGCAUGCUCGUCCUUGUUGACGACUACCAACGAAGUGUCCCCCGACUUCGGCGAUUACCCCUACAACACCGUUCCAAAUCAGGUCCAGAGACUAUUCAAGGCCCAGCAGCUCCACGACCGGAAACAAUGGGACGCGAGGCGGAAGAUGACUUCGGAAGAACGAAAGUCGAUCCCAUAUGUCGAUUAUAUGCGACCCAUUGUUGCAGACGGUGAUACUGGGCAUGGUGGACUGUCCGCAGUGUUGAAGCUGGCUAAGCUUUUCGCCGAAAACGGUGCCGCAGCCGUUCAUUUCGAAGACCAGCUCCACGGUGGAAAGAAAUGCGGUCAUCUCGCGGGCAAGGUGCUUGUGCCCAUGGGCGAGCAUAUCAACAGACUCACUGCCGCUCGAUUCCAGUGGGACAUGAUGGGUGCUGAGAACCUGGUGAUUGCGCGAACAGACUCGGAGAGUGGGAGGUUGAUCAGCAGUGCUAUUGAUGUCCGCGACCAUGAGUUCAUUCUUGGAGUCACGGAAGAGGUCGAGCCACUCGCGGAGACCCUGCAGGCGAUGGAGAGGGAAGGCGCUGCUCCGGAGGAGAUCAACGCGUUUGAACUGGACUGGGUCAAGAGACACAAGCUCGUUACCUUUGAUGAAGCCGUUGAUGCACACCUUGAAGCAGAGGGAGCCCCGCAGAUCGCAAGGGAUGCCUACAAAAAACAUGUCACGGAAAACCCGGAUCUUUCCAUCUCCCGUCGCAGGGCCUUAGCCAACGACUACACGAAAGCACCGGUAGUCUGGUCCUGCGAUAGCCCCCGAACGCGGGAGGGAUUCUACCACUACCGUGCGGGCUUCCCGGCGGCCACAAAGCGAGCCAAGGAAUUCGCGCCCUAUGCGGAUCUCCUAUGGGUUGAAACCGGCGACCCAGACGUUUCCAAGGCUGGAAAGUUAGCUGGCGAAGUGCGCAGCGCAUUCCCCGGAAAGAAGCUCGUGUACAACCUCAGCCCGUCAUUCAACUGGAUGGGCCAUGGCUUUGGCGAGGCCUCUCUCAAGUCCUUUAUCUGGGAUCUGGCGCAGCACGGAUUUGUCCUGCAGCUCAUCUCUUUGGCCGGAGUGCAUACGACUGCGACAAUCACGACGGAGCUUUCCCGUGCCUUCAAAGACGAGGGUAUGCUUGCCUACGUGCGUCUAGUGCAGUCUCGCGAGAAAGAAAUGGGCGUUGAAGUCCUCACCCAUCAGAAAUGGAGCGGAGCUCCAUACAUGGAUGGCAUCCUGGGGGCUAUCCAGAGUGGUAGCAGCAGCAGCAAGAGUAUGGGAGAAGGGAACACAGAGAAGGGUUUCUAA